AUGUUUGGCACGUAUCCCGCCUUGGCAAAUCUGCCAACCGCAGUCAAGAUCGACCCGAAGGAUAUCCCACCUCCAACGCCGGUCACGCUGCCGCAGAGUCGACCUCAGUUGAAUGCUGCUUCGACGUCGGCCGGCCAGAAAAAGCCACUGACUUCGGUCCUGCAGGACAUCUAUCGCCCGGGAGACAUCAACAACGCCAUAUUCGACGCUUUGGGGGUGCACCUCAUCCCGGAUGCUCCCACCGCGGAUCUCAUUCCUGAUUCCGCCUACCUGCCCGACUUUGAAGGCUGGGGCAAGUUCUCCCCAGAGGAGGCACGUGAGAAGAAUGCGGAAACCCGCGUGGUGCUGAACAACGGCGCCCAGUCGCCCGGCUGCCAGACUUUCCUCGAUCGUCAGCGUGAACUAUCUCACUCAAACGAGGAUGCCUUCCGGACCGUGAGGCGCAUUCCCGCUCCCAAGGGGCAGCAGCAGGCUCGCCUCGGCAACUCGUACGAGUUCUUUAGGUGUCUCGAGGCCUUCACAACCUAUUGGGAUGACCCCACGAACCCGUACGUGCAUACCGAGGAGGCCGAAGGGGCCAAGGAUGUCGUCGUCGACGACGGUGACAAGGCGGAGCGGGACAACCCGAAAACCCCGCAACGACCUCGCAUCUUCCGCACCUCGGCCGGCUCAUCGAUGCCGGGCGAGUACCGCCAGAGCCUGUUGACGGCCUUCCUCAAGCUCGUGGCAUACGAUUUCGGCUGCAACGUCUCGGCUCCCAGGACGGAACCCCGUCUCCACAUCGUCAGCGGGCCAUCGUCAUCGCCUUCGUCGCAAGCGCAACUCUGCAAGCGCCAGCAAGCCGCAGUAGCCGCCGCAACCCCGAGGACGUCCUACUUCGCCUCCGGAUGCACCUUCAUCUUCCGCACCCCUCGCACGCGCGAAGCAGCCCGUCAGGGCAUCGUAGAGGGGCCCCUAGCCGCCGUUUCCGCGCGCGCGAGCAUCUCCUUUGAUAAAGAAAACGAAGAAGUCAUUGACCUGGCCCGCGAACUCGUCGCCGCCCUCCUCACGGCGCAGCACCGCGCGCGCGAGGGCAAGACGGAGAAGAAAUUCGGCGAUGGCGCAUGGUGGACGACGAAACCGCGCUGGGGCGGCGGGUCGGGCGGGCCCAUUGGUCGCGAGGUCGAGCGGGAUGCCAUUCAGGGGGACAAGGACGAUGCUGCUUCCGCCUCCGCUGCCGGCACUGGGGCUGCGGCCUCUGGAGAAAGGGGCCAGCCCGCGGCCAAGAAACCGCGCAAGAACAUGUCCAUCUACGAUAACUACCGCAUGGUCCGCCCUCCUUCGGCCAGCUGGGACCGCAAGACGCGGUACGAGGCCAUUGGGAAGGUCAAGGGCGUCGGCUACGACGACGUCUAUGUCAUCAGCUCUCUGUUCCACCACAUUAGCGUCCUGCGCGUGCGUGUGCCGAAACGGCUUCUCGAGGUGCUUGAGGGCGGCGCCGAGCAGGCCCAGGCCCAGGCCCAGGCCUUGGCUGGCGAUGAUGUCCACAGGAGCUGGGGACAGGUUGAGGCGCGCCGGAGCCCGUGGUAUGAUUUCUUUGUGCUCGAGGAGCGGCUUGAGGCUAUGAAGCUUGUUUGGUCGCUUAUGGGGUGGUUGAUGAGAAAGCCUGAGCAGGAGGUGACGGCAGAGAAGACGGAGGAAGAUGUUAAGAUGGUUGAUGCUUGA